AUGAUUGAGAUUACGGUGAAUGAUCGAUUGGGAAAAAAAGUUAGAAUUAAAUGCAAUCCAAACGAUACAAUUGGUGAUUUAAAGAAACUUAUCGCUGCACAAACUGGUACACGAUAUGAAAAAAUAGUGCUAAAGAAAUGGUAUACAAUUUAUAAGGAUCAUAUAACACUGCAAGAUUACGAGAUACAUGAUGGUUUUAAUUUUGAAUUAUAUUAUCAAUAA